GUCACGGAAUGCAUAGCCUCUUCACUCUUUUUGUGACAUCACUGGUUUCGCGCAGAAGAGCACACACAAAGACGAGUAUGACAACUGUCCAUAACGCAUAAAUCACGACUGAUCAGCACGUAAACUAUUCACCCGAGGAGGCAGGUCAAACUGUGGACGGUGAAUCAAAUCCUAUCGGAUGAUCCUAAACACUCUCUUAAGCUUAACCAGAAGAAAACUAUGGUAUUGCAUCCGCCCAGCACCAAGAAUGCCGGGACGACGCAGAGCGGCGGUGCCCGCGGAUCCUCCCAACAUACUGGGGAAUCCUCAGGUGCAGUGUCAAGGGAUCAAGUCCCUGCCACUCGGUCGAUUAAGUGUAAAAGUAUUUAAUUCAUCUGCACUAAAUAAAACAACCGGUUAGUUUUACCUGUAGAGACUUAGCCCUUCCAACAAUAUAUAAGGUAUAUUAAAAAUAUUAGUCCAUGUCGACCUCGACACCUGUCUCACCCUCACGUGGUGGCGGUUAUCGAUUUGUAGCUCUUUUGUUCGCUUUCCGAUUCUUCAUUCAUACUACUAGGCACUUGCUAUUAAUCUCGUCCAAAUGUGGUUUAAAAAUAUUAAGUACGUACUACCGUAAAAAGUAGGACAUCGUGAAAGACAAAGAGGUCAGUCAUCUACCUCGGGAAGACAAAGAGGUCAGUCAUCUACAAAGAGGUGUCUAAUCCGAGUUCCUCUACGAGACGCGGCGGUUUUUUCAAGCGACGAAGUGCC